AUGGAUGCGGUUGUAAUUAAAAUCGAAGAAAUCCUCGCAGACAGACAAGCCAACACUUGGAAAGCCAGCCUCCACAAAGCCAUCAACAAUCCUGAAUAUAUAAUGUGCACACUCACACGUCAGACGCUGGCCGGGUCGGCACCUGCCUUUAUGAACCACCUCGCAAUUGCUCCGGCAGUAGGCGUAUUUAUUGAGCACAUGUUAAAAAUGCAAGCUGGUGCUACAACUAGCACAACCAUAAGUGGGCUAGAUAAGUUUGAAACCAAACGCGUGUCGGCCUUGCAUGGAGGAGCACGUGAGGCUGCCUGUACAUGUACAUACAACACCAGCGGAUCACUGCAUAUGAACAUUGAACAUGUUGAUGCUUGUGCAAAGUCCACUUUAGCUAAAUUAAUUUGCAAUGCCAGCAGCCAUUUGAACAAUCACGCAAUUAGCUCAUCAACCAGCAAGCAACUGUUAACGGUUGGAAUAAAUUGGAAAGUAGAUGAGGCAUUUGUUACACUUAACGCGGCUUGUUUCUAUGUGGAGGCGAUUUUGAAAAGAAUGCCUAAUCGUGAAAUAUCAGAAGAGGAUUUCUUCAUGAGGAUCAUUUGUUAUCGUAAAACCUGA